UCUCCGCGUCUCGUUCUGGUCGACAGUCUGGCCCAAUGGAACACGGAGAGACUACAGCGCAUAUAACACCAAACAAUAUCGCGUCUCCAGUUGUGCAUGGAUGCAGACAGGUGUGAGGGCAGGAACUAGUGGAAUCUAGUGGAGUGUACACACACACACACACAUACAUACAUAAUCCAUGGCCACUGCCAGCAGAGUGGGUUCGGGAAGAGCUGGUUGGGUGGCGUUCGCAGAUGAAGCCUUCGGAACGAGCUCAGAGCAUCAAGCAGAUGUGGACAGCAGCUUGCAGAGUCCUAGCCCCGCCCCUUCUGAGAACUCUUCCAGUGUCGAGCUGUUAGCCCCUCCCCCUCAGCAGAACGCAUGGGUCUUAUUCGAAGAGAAGACCUGGCCCUCGCCCAAUCCGCAGUCGCAGGUAAAAGGUACGUCUAGACACAGCGUCUGUUCCACGGCCAGUUUCUGGAGCGCCGUCCCGCCCUCAGAGAGCAGCUGGACCCAAUCAGAACCAGGCUCAGUCUGGACCACACAAUCAGGGAAGAGCUCUGUGAGCAUGGGGGCGUCAUCUUGUGAUCUUCCCUCCCUAAACGCAGAGGAACGGCACAAUGAGUCGUCAUCCCGACCCCAGUCACCCAAUUCGUCAGUGUUCCAAGAGGAUGAAGGAAUAGAGAUGGAUUCAGUCAGCUGGACUUCCAACACUAAACUCCCCGGCACCCAAUCAGAGACCCCCAUUUCCUCUGGACGCUUCUCAUCCUGGGUGACCUUUGACGAUGACGAGGAGGACAAGCCCCACCUCCACCGCCGGGAGCAGCCAUCCCACAUACGAUUGGAUGAUCUCAGCCACUUCCAGGAUGCCAACAGUAACCUGAUUGGUUCUCCUCCCAACGUUUGGAAGCAGAACGGGAACCAGCAGAACCAGAACCGCCACCUCCUGGACCUGACGCCGGACGGAAACCCUCCUAGAACCCUUCUGACUGAACCUAAAACCGCUCCCCUGCUCCCCGGUAGGACUAAACCUUACACCAAGAAGAACCCUUUCCUGUGUGAAGAGUUCAAUGACAUCCAGCCCUCUCCCAUCAACCCCUUUAGUUCCUACUUUGACUGUAAACAGGAAGUGGCAUCACAGACUAUCCAGAGUAAUGGCUCCGCCCACCACCUGGAGAGCUCUCCCUCUGCCUUCUCCUUCAGCUCUCCUUUCUUCCAGUCGUUCAGCUCCCACAGCCAAGAGGCCAAACGAGAGUCCAUUCUAGUCUUCUCCUCCGAGUUUGAGCCCACAAGAGGAGGAGGGGAAGAGACAGUCAGCCAUGUCACUCCUCCCUUAGACAGACUAGACCUGGAUCAGCUGAGAAACCUCCAGAUCACAGACCCAGACGAUCCAGGUAGCCCCACUCUGCCUGAUGACUCAGUGGAGGAUGCGGAGGAGGCGAAGGAAGAUGGGUUGGAGGGGGAGGAUGAGAGCGCCCCCUACCUCCCAGAUCACAUGACCCCCCAAGAUGGCUGGGCCAUGCUGCUCCGUAUACCAGAGAAGAAGAACAUCAUGUCGUCACGCCACUGGGGGCCUAUCUAUGUCCGUCUGUCUGACGACGGCGUGCUCCAGAUGUUCUACGAGAAAGGUCUGGAAAAACCCUUCAGGACCCUGAAACUGGACCCUCGCUACGAGGCGGCUGAACACCGCUUGCAGAACUACGAAGAAGCCGGCCGCGUCCACACGCUAAGUGUGGACCUCGUCCAAUACCGCGAGAGGAGGCGAAUCCAGCCGAAGUCACCCGUCACCCACCAGCCAAUCCGCGAGCAGCUGGUGAAGCUGGGCACCACCUGUUACCACGACUUCCUGAGUUUUCGUCAUGCGCUGGUGGAGGUGCUGAGGCGGUUGCCCGCAGUGACGGGUGGGGCGUUGACGGGGUCGCCCAUAGGGGCGGGGCUGACAGAGGAGGAGGUUCAGGUGGAGGUGAGGGACGAGUUCUACGGGACGGUCGCUGCGGGAGAUGGGAGAAUUCUGAAGCAGCUUGUGAUGACUCGUGUGCACGUGCUGGCCUUCCUCUCUGGGUCGGCAGGCUGCCGCCUCGGACUCAAUGAUGUGCAGGUCAAAGGUAAGGAGGUGGUCUCCAGACACGACAUCAUCCCCAACACCACCACACGCUGGAUCCGCUUACGUGACUGCGAGCUUCAUGACGAACACGCAGACGAACUAGAGUUCCUGUCGUCACGCCAAGUUGUCUUCACACCGCCACCCUGCCGCCGCUUUCAGCUGCUCGCCUUCCGCACGGCAUUCGCUGAAAAAACCCUCCCCUUCACACUGCGCACUGUUGCCUCCGUCCGCGGCGCCGAGGUCACCCUGCAGUCCUGGCUGCUGAUGUCACAGGGAUUCUCGUCCAAUCGGGACACGUUGAACCUCAUCCCCUGCGAGAAUGUGGCGAUCCGCUACCCCAUCCCUGAGAUUUGGGCCAAGAACUUCCGUCGGGACGGGGUGAUGGGGGAGAGGUCACUGAAGGCGAGGUUCAACAAGGGUGCCAGCUUCGGCACGGCGAGUACUUCCGGGUCAGAGCCAGUGAUGAGGGUGACCCUUGGCACGGCCAAGUAUGAACAGGCUUUUAAAGCUGUGGUGUGGAGGCUCAGCCGCCUGCCUGACAAAAACUCUGCGUUGGGUCACCCCCACACCUUCUUCUGUCGUCUGGAGCUGGGUUCGGACCGGGAGGUGCCAGCCUCGCUGCAGAGCCACCUGGAGGUAGAGUUUGACAUGCCUGCCGCCUCUGCCUCCAAAGCCACCGUCCGCUCCCUCUCUGUAGAGGACAGGGCAGACGCCAAGAAGUGGAUCAACUACAAAUCACACUACUCCUACCAGGUGCCUAUAGAACAGAAGACAGGCGGCCUCUCAGAGAGCAGCAGCCCUACACUGGACCAGGACCAGCCUGGAGAAUGUGCACAGCAGUGAACACACACACAGACAGACAGACGGAUGUAGGGAGGGCGGGAGGAUAUGAUGACUGUUUUUUUCACAGGAGAAGGGAGAAAAGUCACUUUUUGCACUUUGAAGAACUGUACCGGAGGACUAGUUGGCCGAUGUUUGUGCAUAGAUUGGAUGUAGACUGAAUGUACACUGGACAUAACUGAUUCUCGGUAGGUCAUCAACUUGACAUAGAAUGGGUGCUAGACUAGAUCUACACUAGACAAACUGGUUAUAGACGGGAUGUAGACUGGUAUGACGAGAUGUACUACCACCGGACAGUUUAUUAGGUACACCACCCCGUUCGCGAAAAUGGAUCGCUCCUACAGACAGUGAGUCAGGUGGCCA